AUGCCGUCUGGUCUUUCCUCCUCAGGAUUGACUGCAAAACGGAUUUCGACCAUAAUGGCCGUAUAUCCUUCGCUGACCAGCGAGUACAUGGACCUUAAGCUGCAACCGCCAAGUGUCGAAGGUGACGCCAGUGCAAGCGUCGGUCAGUCGACCGCUUUGACCACCGUAUCGACCCUCGGAAAACAACUGGUCGCUCCGGUAACCGGGUUGAGCGUCGGCUUCCGACGAGCUGUGGUGACGAACGCGGUGCGUCAGAUCGUUUGCUGUAAAGAUGGCAAAAACGAGAUCGGUGUACGCCUUCACCACGUUAACAACGGUGUUUUCGUUCAGUUCGUAAAGCAAGGGUCGCCCGCUGCUUUGGCCGGGCUACGUUUCGGCGACCAGAUACUACUGAUCAAUGGCAAAACCGUGUCCGGGUGGUCGGGCGAGAAGGCCAUGCAAACUCUGAAAAGGGCUGAUUCAAAGCGCAUCGAACUUGUCGUCAGAGACAGGCCGUUUGAAAGAGUUAUAACCCUCACAAAAGAUAACGCUGGACACUGCGGCUUCCUGCACAAGGACGGUUGCAUCAAAAGUCUUGUAAAAGAUUCUUCAGCUGCAAAAAAUGGAUUACUUAUUGACCACCAGAUUUUGGAAGUUAACGGUCAGAAUGUCAUUGGAAUGUCUGAUAAGAAAUUGUCAGCCGUGUGCGACAGUGCGGGCGAUGUGCUGACGUUAACCAUUAUUCCUCGAGAAAUUUACGAUCACAUUGUCAAAUGUAUGUCGCUUCAUCUUGUCAAGAAACACAUGGACCAUUCUGUCCCAGACGUCUGUUGA